AUGGGCAGCGACAUCAAAGAUACAGUUUGGCCGGACCGCCCCGUCCCAGACAGCGUCAAGAAACGGACUGAUCGGUUCUUUAGUUCGCUGGACACCCAGGAUUCCAACGUGGGGGAUAUCCUUGCUGACGAGAUCUUCGCAUCCGACGGCCGUGCGCAAUUCGGCGGUGAUGUAUUCAUGGGGGUUGAAGGCACGCACGAGUCUACCAAUUUAGAGCCCUGCCACGUGACUGGCGUAUUGAUGUACAUCGAUGGCGGUGCAUACCACGAAACAAUAAUCACCAUAGCCUCUACUAUCUUCUUAGCCAACUCUAACUCUCGCAAUAAAGAAAUAUACAAAGGCAGAGACAACGCCUGGGCCACGUUCAAUGGACGAAGACACGUCGUCUUGAGAGUGUACUCAUCCAACGAUGUCGCCAACGACGUGCCCUUCAUUGCUUUGGUCGCAAUGGAUUUCAAAAACGGUGAAUAA